AUGCGCUAUACACAUAGAGAUGUACAACGAGUAUUUCAAGUGCCAUUUGGUUCAUGGUUGAUUCCAACUAUAGAUUCUUUACUGUGUAUCCUUCUUAUGAUAGGUCAAAUUAUUUAUUUUUUCUAUGGUUUUUGGCAUUCCGAACGACGAAAGUUAAUGAAAAGUAAUGCUGUUGUAAAUACAGUCGAACUUCUACCAACAGAAGCAAAUGCUACACAACAAAAUGCACAAGAUGAAUUUGAAUCAGAUUUAGGCAGUGUUAAUACGAAAAGUGCAGCAUAA